AUGGCCACUCCUAUGUCUUCUUCUCAGAGUCUAUCCAUUUCUUCAGGUGUGCCUCUUGUUGAUGGCUCUCAAUAUCGGUCCAUUGUUGGUGCCUUGCAGUAUUGUACUUUGACGCGUCCUGAUAUUGCCUUCUCGGUCAAUAAGGCCUGCCAAUUUAUGCAUUCGCCCACUGAUGUCCAUUGGCUUGCGGUCAAGCGAAUCCUACGUUAUUUGUCGGGCACUAUUGAUUAUGGCCUUCACUAUCAAUCCUCGGCAGAUUCUAGUGUGCUAUGUUAUACAGAUGCUGAUUGGGCCUCCUGCCCGAGUGAUAGGCGCAACACAAAUGCCUUUUGUAUUUUUCAUGGAUUGAAUUUGGUUUCCUGGUCUUCUAGUAAGCAACGGGUUGUCUCUAGGUCUAGCAUGGAAUCAGAAUAUCGAAGUCUUGCCAAUGGCACUGCUGAACUAUUGUGGUUGCAGGCUCUCUUUUCUGACUUGCAGACCCAUUGUCUUUGCCUCCUGUACUACUCUGCGACAAUAUUGGUGUUUUCAAGAAACUCCAUUGAAGAUGGCUGGAGGUUUUUGUGCAAGCUCCUGGAUCAAGCCGUAAUUGCUAAAGGAGUUUAG